CCUCUUUCUUUUGAUAUUAUUUUCUCUUUCUUAUUAUGAAAAUCAUCUUUGGUUCUUGCUUGAACUAUUUCUGCUUUCUGUGGUUGCUGGUUUUCUUUUAUUGACGGAACUUGAUAUUUGUAUAUAUUUUUAUCAUUGAAAUCUGGAAUUAACUCUGUCAAGGUUAGUAUUGGAAUUGAAAAUGCAAGGUUGCACUGGAGCUCAAGUGAUGGGUUCUUUACAGCAGCCAGUUUGGAUUAAAGGAUCAUCUCUCCCUCUGAAACAGUCGAACUUUGUUGGGUUUCCACAUCAGAUAAAGCUCAAUUCUUUUAGGCCUUGUAGAUAUCUUAAUAUUCAGGGGAGCUUGGUCGCUGGUAGACCACCCUCUUCUGUUUCUGUCCCUGAAAUUGAAGGUGACAGAAGCAGCUUUAAAGAUUAUGGCCUCAGUGAAGCAGAUCCUGAGGUGCGUGAAAUUAUUGAGAAGGAAAAGAAUAGGCAGUUCAAAAGCCUCGAGCUGAUUGCAUCUGAGAAUUUUACAUCUCGAGCAGUGAUGGAAGCAGUUGGCUCAUGCCUUACAAAUAAGUAUUCUGAAGGACUGCCUGGUAAAAGAUAUUACGGUGGAAAUGAACACAUUGAUGAGCUUGAAACUCUUUGUCAAGAAAGGGCUUUGGCUGCAUUUGGCUUAGAUAGAAAGAAAUGGGGUGUUAAUGUCCAACCGUUGUCUGGUUCUCCUGCUAAUUUUGAGGUUUAUACAGCACUUCUUAAUCCACAUGACAGGAUAAUGGGUUUGGACUUGCCUCAUGGGGGGCAUUUGUCUCAUGGAUUCAUGACUCCUAAAAGACGAGUAUCUGGCACAUCAAUUUAUUUCGAGUCUAUGCCAUAUCGACUUGAUGAAUCAACAGGCCUGGUUGAUUAUGAUAUGCUUGAGAAAACAGCUAAUCUCUUCCGACCAAAGCUCAUUAUUGCUGGUGCCAGUGCCUAUCCUCGAGAUUUUGAUUAUCCCCGCAUGAGAAAGAUUGCAGAUGCUGUUGGCGCUUUUCUCAUGAUGGACAUGGCUCAUAUAAGUGGGCUUGUUGCUGCCUCUGUGGUUGGUGAUCCCUUUGAAUACUGCGAUAUUGUGACAACAACAACACACAAGUCUCUACGGGGGCCUAGAGGUGGCAUGAUCUUCUUUCGAAAGGAUACUAUUCUUGGGGUUGAUCUGGAAUCUGCCAUCAACAAUGCUGUUUUUCCAGGCCUGCAGGGUGGUCCUCAUAACCACACAAUCGGUGGACUAGCAGUCUGCUUGAAGCAUGCACAAUCCCCUGAAUUUAAAGCUUAUCAGAAACAGGUCAUCUCCAACUGUAGGGCUCUGGCAUACCGAUUGGUUGAAUUAGGGUAUAAAUUGGUUUCUGGGGGCAGUGAUAAUCACCUUGUUCUUGUAGACCUGAGGCCACUUGGCAUUGAUGGAGCUCGUGUGGAGAAAAUUCUUGACAUGGCAUCUAUUACUCUCAACAAAAAUUCAGUUCCUGGGGAUAAGAGUGCUCUAGUUCCAGGUGGGAUUCGCAUUGGAUCACCUGCCAUGACUACUAGGGGUUUUACAGAGAGAGAAUUUAUAGCAACUGCUGAUUUUAUACACGAGGGUGUGCAGAUAACUACUGAAGCUAAAAAAUCAGUAUCAGGAUCAAAGCUUCAAGAUUUCAUGAAGUUGGUUGCUUCUCCUGAUUUCUCAUUGGCGAGUGAAGUGUCCGAUCUUCAAACAAGAGUUGAAGCCCUGGCAACCCAAUUCUCGAUACCCGGAGUAUAACUGUUUUGCCCGGACUACAUACCAAUCACAGUUAUUAACGCCUGGAAUAUGAAUUAUUAUUAGGUUUAAUGAAAGCUAAUUAUAGGGUGUCUCUCGACAAGUUCUUUUCAUAAUCAUGUAAGAACAUUUGUCCGAAAGUGUAGGAAUGUACGAGAAAUCUUUUUUA